AUGGGGUUUUCAAACAUGUAUAGUUUUCUGAGUCGUGCCGCGUCAUCUGAAAAGAAGGCCGAGGAGAGCUUUGACAAUAUCAGUCAUUUAUCCACGGGAUCAGAACAUCAAGUGGGAAUAGUGCAGACGGACCGAAAUGUCAAGGAGAUUGGGAUAGUUUCAGCAUCAUUCCUCAUGCUUAAUAGAAUGUUGGGAGCCGGAGUCUUUUCAACGGGGUCGACAAUUUACGCGUUAUCCGGAUCGGUGGGAACGUCGUUGAUGAUGUGGUUUGCCGGUACCGUCAUUGCAUUUUCAGGUUUACUCGUGUACAUGGAAUUGGGAACAGCCAUUCCAAGAAACGGAGGUGAGAAAAACUAUUUGGAGUACAUGUUCAGGAAACCAAAGUUUUUCGUCACGGCAAUGUAUGCAUCAUAUGUGUUUUUCCUCGGAUGGGCGGCAGGAAACUCAAUUGUUGUUGGUGAAUACAUCUUGAAUGCCGCAGGCAAGGAGCCAGGCCAAUGGAACUCGAGAGGAAUCGGUUUAGCUGUCAUUACUUUUGCCUUUUUGAUCAAUGCAAUCAACGUCAAGGCCGGUUUGUUUUUGGCCAACGCAUUGGGUGUUUUCAAGCUCGGCAUUGUCUUGUUCAUCACCGUGACUGGAUGGGUUGCCUUGGGAGGAGGAAUCAAAACCAACAAUUUCCAACCAACUGGGAACUUUCGCAACGCCUUCGAGGGUGAAAGUCCCACAGGGUUUGGAAUCGUUAAUGCCUUGUACAACGUCAUUUGGUCGUAUGUCGGUUACUCAAACGCCAACUAUGCUCUUGGCGAAAUUAAAAACCCAGAGAGGGUAUUAAAGUAUGCUGCCCCAUCGGCUUUCCUUGGUCUUGGAGUCAUUUACAUGUUUGUCAACAUUGCCUAUUUUGCCGUUGUUCCAAAAGAAGAAAUCGCCACCUCGGGCAGAAUCUUGGCUGCUUCAUUCUUCAAAUACGCCUUUGGCGACAGAGGCGAAACCGCCGCUUCCGUGUUUGUUGCCUUGUCGGCAUGGGCCAAUGUCAUGUCAGUCAUUUUCUCGCAAGGUAGAAUCAUCCAGCAAUUGGGCCGUGAAGGUUCGUUGCCAUUUUCCCGGUUCUUUGCCACUUCGAAACCAUUUGGUACUCCAUUUGUCGGGUUGAUGCAGCAUUGGAUAGUCUGCAUUGUCACCAUCUUGGCACCACCACCAGGAGACGCUUACAACUUCAUCAUGAAUUUGAUCUCAUACCCAUUGAAUGUCGUCAACACCGCCAUUGCCGGUGGCUUGAUUUGGAUCUACUGGAAGAAAUACAAAGGGUUAACCGAAUGGAACCCACCAUUGAAAGCAUCGUUACCUGUGGUUGUUUUCUUCUUCCUUGCUUCGUUGUAUUUGAUUGUUGCUCCAUACAUCCCACCCGUGCAUGGCCAAAAAGUCUACAACGAUAUGCCCUACUGGAUCCACGCAGUUGUCACCUGGGGUGUCUUUGGCAUCGGUGUCGUUUACUGGCUCUUCUGGGUCAAGAUUUUCCCAUACUUUGGUGGCUACCGUCUCACCACAAAGGAAGUCUUGGGUGAAGACGGGUUCUGGAGGAACAAGUUUUAUAAAGUGUCAAAGGAUAGUGUCGAUGCUGAUGUUCCUGAAGAAAUACAAAGUGCAAAAGUCGUUAGUUGA